AUGCUGCACUUCCUCGUGCUCACCUCCCUGGUCCUUUACGGACACAGCACCCAGGACUUUCCAGAAACGAAUGCCCGAGUAGUUGGAGGCACCGAGGUCCAGAGAAAUUCCUGGCCCUCUCAGAUUUCCCUCCAGUACUUGUCUCUAGGUUCCUGGCAUCACACCUGUGGAGGGACCCUCAUCAGACAGAAGUGGGUGUUGACAGCUGCUCAUUGUGUAGACCGUUCACGGACCUUCCGUGUGGUUGUCGGAGAGCACAACCUGAAGCAGAAGGAAGGCUCUGAGCAAUCUGUGAGUGUGCAGAAGAUUGUGACGCACUCAAAGUGGAACACCAAGAAUGCAGCUGCCGGCUAUGACAUCGCCCUGCUGCGGCUGGCCCAGGCAGUUACCCUCAACAGCUACGUGCAGCUAGGUGUUCUGCCCCAGGAGGGAGACAUCCUGGCUAACGACACUCCCUGCUACAUAACAGGCUGGGGCCUGACCAAGACCAGUGGGCAGGUGUCCCAGACCCUGCAGCAGGCUUACCUGCCCAGCGUAAGCUAUGCCAUCUGCUCCGGCUCUUCCUACUGGGGCUCUACCGUGAAGAACACCAUGGUGUGUGCUGGAGGAGAUGGAGUUAGAUCUGGAUGCCAGGGUGACUCUGGGGGCCCCCUCCACUGCUUAGUGAAUGGUCAGUAUGCUGUUCAUGGAGUAACCAGCUUUGUGUCCACACUGGGCUGCAACGUUGCCAAGAAGCCCACAGUCUUCACCCGCGUCUCUGCUUAUAUUUCUUGGAUAAAUAAUGUCAUUGCUUCCAACUGAACAUUUUCCUGAGUCCAGUGGCCUUCCCAAGAUGGUUCUUACAUCUUCAUACAAUAGGAUUUAAGUCAACAAGAAAAAAAAGAGCUGAGGUUAAGCUUAGUGGUAGAGUGCUUCUGUAGGAUACUCAAGGCCCUGGAUUACAUCCUCAGGGCUGGAAAAAAAGGACAGCAAACAAGACAAAACAAAACACCCAUCCUGAGACUACUGAGUCAGAGCCAGAUUUUUUUGAAAAAUGGGAUGUACAUUGUUUUUCUAGUUGUAAUUAAGCCCUUUAGAGGAAAUGUAGUUAUAGGGCCCAAGUUAGAUUUCACCACAUUUCUGGGCUGGUUCUUCCUUUGCUGCUAUCUUUACCAGUCCACAAACUAAGCCUAGUGAGUGGGGUUUUUACAUUAUCCACUUUGCACUGUUUCAGGAUCUACUCAUCCAUUAAUCUAUCUGACUCCUUUCCUGUGAAUAUUUGCUAUACCCAAAAGCACAAAGUGCUUUUAAAAAUUCCUGAGUAACUAACUCUCCAUGAUAGACUGUGCACUCAUCUUUUGUUCUCUUCUGUGCCUCAAACAAAUGCUGACUGAGAGGAGCUACUAAGAUACACUAGAGACGGAAGGAAGUACAGGGUUAGGAUGGAAGGUCACAUGCCAGCAGACUAAGGAACUGACAAAUUAGGAGACUGCAAAGAGUAGAAAGUAGAGGGAUGAGGAUACCAAAUGAAGGAAAGAAUUGAGGGAAGGAGAGAACAGAAAGGAAGAGGCAACAAUAUGGGCCUCAAGCUAACUGUGAAUCAGCAUUUCAAGGCUUCAACUAAAAUAGGCAACCUUAUCCUGGAUUUUGUAAACCACAAAGAACUGAGAAGCUGAUAAUUCUGCUUUCUUCUGGCCAUGGCUCAGUGUGUUAAAAGUGGCCUAGGAGAAAGCAAAAAGGGAAUUGAAAGAAGAAGUCCAAGCUGAUGAGAAGCAGUUUUUGUUUGUUUGUUUUUUGUCUUUUUCAUUUUUAUCGAUACCAAGAUCGAACUCAAGACCACCUGCUUGCAAGGCAGGUGCUUAUGCCGCUGAGCUAAAUUCCCAGCCCUGAGAAGCAGUUGUUCUAGCAAUUACUAAGACCAGACAUGAAGGACUAAGGUAGUAAACAUUCUAGCUGGAGAAACUGGCUGAGACAAGUCCUAGAAUUGGUCCUGCUAUAUUGGCAGAGGCUCCAAACAUUAUCUACAAGAGACUGGGCUGGGGCCAUGGCACAUGCGUCCUUUCCCAGUUCUACCACUGAGAACGGGGAUAACCUUGAGCCAAUUACCAGCCUUUUCUGUGACUUAAUUUUCCUAUGCCAUUUUUUUUUAAGACAGGGUCUUAUAGUUUAGGCUGGCCUUGAGUUCACUACAUAGCCCAGGUUGGCUUCAAACUUGUAGCAAUCCUCUUGCCUCUGUCUCCCAAGUACUGGGAUUACAGGUGUGUACCCCCACAGCCUAAUUUCUAAUGAAUGUUCCUGCUCUAAUAUUAUGUGAUUUGGUGAACAUGAUUUUUUUCAAUCAUAUUUUAUUGGCAUAUUUUGGAUAGGCAUAAUGAUCACAUCCAUCAUACAGAAUUUAUACCUGUACAUCAUUUUUUCCCAACAUCCCUAGUCUCCCUUCAGUUCUCCACCCUUGUCAUUUGUGAAAGCUGUUUCCAUGUUUUCCUUUUUCACUUCCCCCUUCUUUCCUUUUUCCCUUCCCUUUCCAUUGUUCUCCUUUCCAUUUGAACAUUUUCUUCCUAUUUAACAAUGCCUAUUAUAUGUUUUGAUCUUUGUUUACACGUUCAGUUUAUCAUACUAGACAAACAAUGCAGUAUUUAUGUGUCUGAUUUAUUUCACUUAAGAGUAUGGUCCCAAGGUUCAUGCAUCCAUUUUCCUAGAAAUGUCUCAAGUAUUUGAUUGUCAACUUCAGUUUCUGAUAUUGACACUAAAGAGGGUUUCUUAGAAGGCAGUGGCUGCAGUGUGCUAUGUAGAGUGCUGUAGAGUCCCGAGUGACAGGGACAUACGCCUUUGUUAAUGACACACCUGCUUGUUGUCACUGUCAUCUCUCAGCAUUCCAGAAUAUGUCUUCUAGGUUUCUCCUAAUUAAUGAGUCCUUCCAUUUUUCUUACUCUGCCUUCCCUGGCUGUCACUAAAGCUAACAUCCAGAAAAAACACUAAUCACCUGUAGACUAAAAAUUUUGUAUCCAUGUCUGUAACUAAGCACAUUGCAGUAUAAUCAGAUUACGAACAUAUCUCCCCCUUCAGACUGUAAGCAUCUUGAGAUCAGAGAUUGUAUUUUAUUCACCCGUAGCUUCCCCUCACCCAGCAGUGUUUGGCACACAGCUGACCUGAAGUGCAUUCUGGCUAUUCAGGGGACAGAAAUGGAAAAUACCAGAAGGUGAUUUUGUGGCAGGACUCCAGUUUCUCUCUGCACUCCUUGGGACACGUAUUUUUACCUUCUCUUCUUCUUUGAGGAAAUUUUACCUGCACUGUAAAAGUUAAUAGGUCCUCUGAAUAUAUAAUCCUAAUUUUCAGCUGUCUCCUUAAACAGAUCAGGGGAUAACUUCCAUAUGGAGAACUUCUUCCUAGAGAAACAAUAGCAAUCUCAGUAGCCUCAACACAGGACAGCAAUGUUGCUUCAGCCUCCCAAGUGCUAGAACUAGGAGUAUGCAUGCUGCUAUAUAGUUUACAGUACCCAACUAGAAACACUUACUCCCCCACAUACACCAGCACAGUGUGGAAAAUAUUCUUCUCAGAUCUUUUUCAAUGGGUUAACUCCUUUCCUGAGGACUCCCAUUUCUCUCCAGCUCAGUGGCUCCUCCUUUCCAAACUCAGACCUGAAGUCCUGUCCCCUUAUCUGUAUCUGCUCCUACCAGUUCCAAGUUUAGGGCCAACCUCUCCUGCAGUGGUUAAACUGCAACCUGAGCAACCCAGCAUGAACAAACACCUCCAGAAUGAAAAGAAGCUUUCAGAUACAAUAAAUAUUACACUGAGAGUAGAAUUCAAUUGUAUUUUCUGUCACGUUGUGUCAGUUCUUUCCCAGAGCAAAUUCGUCUUCUGGCUCACACUUGAAUACCAAGUUCAGCGCAGUCUAUGUUCCUCUACUGUGGGGAGGAAUUUUUUGUUUGUUUGUUUUUGUUUUUGGGGCGGGGGUUUGUUUGUUGUUUUGUUGAGACAGGAUCUCACUAUAUAGUUAAGACUUAAAAUCGCCCUGUACCCCAGGCUGGUCUCGAACUCCA